GAAGGGUGUGUCUAUGAUAUUUUGUUUCCUUUUCUCUUUCUUAUAUCCAUUUGUAUAUCAAUUUCUGCAACCAAAUCAGAGACAAAAGAAGCAAUGAAGGCAGAGGCAGAACCCAACAGAGGAGUAGUCAUAUAAACUGCAGACUGCAACUGUGAGAGAGAGAGAGAGAGAGAGAGAGAGAGAGAAAGAGAAAGAGAGAUAUAGGGUGGGUAUCAGUAAGGCAUCAUUUGACAGGAACAAGCUUUUGCGACCUAUGGAUUUUGCAGAAAUACCCAUUCAAAAACUUGCUGCCCCCAACAACAUACCCUCCUCCUCUCUGCCUUUCAUCACUUUCAACCUUGCUCCUUUUUAAACAUUUUUCUUCCUUUCUCUCUCAUUUUUCCUUUCUUUUUUUGGUUCUACUUUCAAGAAUAAUGAAUUCAGGUCCAAAGCCCUGCAUCUCUCCUUUCACACCAACUCAAUGGCAAGAACUAGAACACCAAGCUCUCAUAUUCAAAUACAUGGUUUCAGGAGUACCUAUCCCCCCUGAUCUAAUCUUCUCUGUGAAAAGAAGCUUGGAUUCCUCCAUUUCUGCAAGACUCUUCCCUCACCAACCCAUUGGGUGGGGAUGCUUUGAGAUGGGUUUUGGCAGAAAAGCAGAUCCUGAACCAGGAAGGUGCAGAAGAACAGAUGGGAAAAAAUGGAGAUGCUCAAAAGAAGCUUAUCCAGACUCCAAAUACUGCGAGAGGCACAUGCACAGAGGCAGAAACCGUUCAAGAAAGCCUGUGGAAAUCUCUUCAACGCCACCAGCUCAAACGCCACCGCCUUUAAUCCUCACUUCAACCCGGAGCCUCUCUGCUUCCUCCCCAACCUCCUCUUCCUAUUCUCUCUCUACACUUUCCUCUUCUUCUUCUCUGACAUGUGAAACUCAGUCCUAUCACCAAACUCCUGCUCCUGCUGCUUAUCAGGAAUCCUCCAUUCAUCCAUAUUUGUAUCCUCAAUCAUCAUCCUCCAGACCUCCAUGUUCUGAUUUCUCUCCAAACAGUACAAACCCUCAACUCUUUUUGUACUCAGGGACUCAUCCUCAAGCUGACAAAGACUACAGGGAUAUUAAUGGUCCAAGAGAGGGUGUGGGCGUGCAGGCGUUCUUUCCCUCAGUUGCAGACUCUGCAAGAAGCAUAGGUGAGGUUUAUAGUCAGCCAAUAGGGAUGGAUUCUUACAAAGGAUUCUCCCAUGCUGUUUCCAACAGCCACCAAAUUUACAGUUCGAAACAGGCGAGGCAACAACAAGAGCAACACUGCUUUGUUUUGGGCACAGAUUUUAAUAAAUCAACAAGAUCAGCUAAAACAGAGGAAGAAGAUGAUGCAGAAACCCAGAAGCCACUACUCCACUUCUUUGAGGAUUGCCCACCAAAAAACUCAGAUUCCUGGCUUGAUUUAGCCACAAAUUCAAGUAUACAAAGUGGAAAUUUUAUUGGGUUAUGAGUACUUUUGCUGCUCUGCUUGCUUCUUGUGCCGUAAUCUGAUAGUAUCCUUCUCACUUCACCUCCCUCCCUCUCUCUCUCUCUUCUCUUUCUCUGUCUCUCUGUGCAGAUGGUUAAAGUGCCAAAUAAGGAGUUUUGGGGUUAUGGCCAAAAGAGUACUUGUUAGUGAGUGAAGUGCCUGCUUUUCUUCUAAGUUUGCGGUCAGGGAAGCUUUUCUUUUGCUAAAGUUUUGAAUGUAAAACUGCAGGAUUCUCAAGAGAGAUUUUCUGUCCUUUGCUUUUCUUCGAUAUUUCUUUUUUCCACUUGCUGUCCCUUUCUGUAAGAAACAUGUUUCAAAGUAUGCGAACUUGCUUGUU